GGUGCGGUAGGUAAACUCUUCUUCUUCUUCUUCUUCUGAGCCAGACGUCAUUACGACAUCCACACAACCGAGGAAAGAGACAACACUAGUGACGUGCGAGUGAGAGAAAUAGUGUUUUCCAAUUGCCCCAUGUUUUGAUUUCGAUAGAAAUAAUUUUAAUUUUAAUUUUUCUACAAUGAAUUCUGAGGAAAAAGACCCGCUAGCAAUGUCAGAGGAUGAAUCUGCGGCAACAGCAUCCAAGCCCGUAGUCCCAGUAGCAGUUCCAGUUGCAAAAAAGCUCAAAAGGAAGAGAAAGAAACUCCCCCGGGAUGGCCCCAAACCAAUCCAGACCGGCUACGUGAGGUACAUGAAUGAGAAGAGAGACAUCAUCAGAUCGCAAUUCCCGGACGUUCCAAUUGGGGAGAUUACGCGGAAGCUGGCUCAGGGAUGGGCAAGCUUGACGGAUGAGGAGAAGAAACCAUACUUGGAGGCAGCAGAGCAGGAUAAGAAUCGCUUUAGUCGUGAAAUGGAGGAAUACCGCCAAAAUCAAGCAAAGAAGGUGGCCCUAGCAGAAGAAGCCCCAAAAAUUGUGGUAGAAAAACCCGCCCCACAGGAGACGUUUGAGCACAAAAACGGAGAUUAUGAUAUUCCCAUUUUCACGGAUGAAUUUCUCGAUCACAAUAAGACUGUCGAAACGGAAUUGCGUGCCCUGAGGAAGUCCUUCACGGACUAUGAGCAGCAAAACUCCGUGCUGGAGAAGCAUGUGGAGAAUAUGCGGAAUGGCAUCAAUAAACUCACAAAUGAGACAACGCAGAUGAUGGCAAACAACAAAGUCCUCCAGGCGUAUUUGGAGAAAAUGCGCUCAAAGUUAGUGAAUGCAAUGGGAAGCCUUCCAGCUGCAUCCGGCAGUGAGCAUAACAUCACAAUGGAUACAAUUGAUGACUUCCUGCAGAACCUACCAUCAGCUCAUGGUCCUGCAACUCUAAAUAAGGCUAAAGACAUUAUCCGGAAGCUUGAUCUCAACAUUCAAGUGUGAAUAAAGGUCUCAGAAUACUUUCUUCACUAA